AUGGCCGCGUCCUUCAGAGACUGUGCUUCGCAUCCCUCGCUGGAUGCCAGCAUCUUCUUUCCUGAAGGCAGUAGGCCCCCGCAGCCACUUCAUGGCCACGGCUUUCUGCUACACGGCGCCCGGGCGGUGGGCAAGACGUCUCUCGCCUUCCAGGCAGCCAUCAACACCGUCCAGCGUUCCGACGGUAGCGUAGUAGUGCUGUGCCAGGAGUCUACCCUGUAUUCCAAGGUGCCGCAGCCCUUCACUCCACUGCGCUCCUUGCCCGAGUCGACUCUCGGCCGCAUCGAGUUCAUCUACGUGGAAGGAUGGACAGCGGCGAUGCGGGAGAUGAUGGGUUUUCGCACGACCCGAGCAGUACCAACGCUGGUGCUCGUUGACGACGAUGGUUUUGAAGUGACGGCGCCCGCAGAUUGCCGCGGCAAGCGGAUCGGGCGGCACUCCGACGUCCUCGUCGCUACCGCUGCCGCCUCGUGUCUCUCCUAUUUGGAAAAUCUCCAUGACUGGAUGACUCGCCACGGCCACCCUUUCUUCUAUGUUCUCGUCACCAAUCGGCUUCCGGAAUCUUCGACGCAGUUGUCUCUCCCCUACGCUGCCUUUCCACUCGUGAAUGUGUGGGUGGGCGCCUCGGGGACGGUGCAGAUCACCCCAACCCCAGCUGACAACACAGCAGCGGUGGUGGCACCGGCAGUGUAUCUUACAUGGCAAAAUGGGCUGCGCAUGAGAGGCUGA